AUGAGAGCGGCCGCGCUGACAGCCGGCCUCCAGAGCGUGGGCGCGCGCUGCCGCGGCACCGGCAGCGGCGACGAUGAGAGCACGGUCAUCUCGGUGCGCAUCGCAGCCGACGCCAGCGGGGCGCCGUUGCUGACGUGCGCCUGGGAGCUCCCCGUCCACACCUUCCACGCCCUCGCCCGCCUGGACGUCGGCAUGCCCGCGAUCUCCGCCCUGGAGUUGUUGCCCGUGGAGGGCGGCAAGACGCUGGCACGCGUCUCCCUUGUAGCGGAGCCCAGGGUCGCCAUCGGCACUCGAGCUGCCGCGCGGCCGACUGGCAGACGCGCGCGGCAGAAGCGCGCGGGCGCGACGCACUGGCUGCCGGACGCCUCCCACGGGAACGCCGCGCUGCCGCCGUUGCUGCGCUCCGCCCUCCUCCGGGAGCGAUCCAUCGAGCUGCUGCUGCUGCACGACGUGCAGGAGGCACGCGAGCGGCUCGGGCCGGCGCUGCGGCCGCCUGCCCGCCGUGCUUGCGAGGAGGCGCCAGCCGCCUCUCCCGUGGUGGGGUGGCAGAGCCCCCGAGGCGUGGACGAGGAGCGGACGCCCGCGCAGAAGCCUGGGAAGGCAGCGGCCUGGACACCCACGAAGCUCGCACAGCCAGACGAACUGGCCUUGCCUCUCACGUCCGACAAGAAGCGCGUCAUCGCGGCCUUGGCGGAGAAGGAGGAGCGCGGGAGCAACGGCGAGCAGUGCGACUGGUGUGGGAUGACUCCCGCGGACGGCGACGCCGCGCUGAAGGUGUGUGGGGCCUGCCACUACUCCAGCUGUGAGGAGUGCUCCCAGCACAAGACGAAAGGCACGUGCUAUUGCGGGGCGCCAACCCGGAGGCGCCGGUUCUGA